GAUCUCUUCGAACAGCUCUCGUAUCACGAGACAGGCCUCAUCGAAUGUAUUGAUGACCGCCUUAACAAUUUAGUAGGAUUAUUUUCUACACAGAAAUCUCUUGGUUGAUGGAGGUUACCUAUAGUUUCGUUGUUACCUUUCACCUUUUUGUGUCAGUGCUGAUGUUAUAAGCAUCCGGCAAAAUCGUCAAUAUUAGCAUAAAAUGUCUUGAAUUGUUGUGAUAUCGAAAAUGAUGCGGUUUUAUAAAAAUAUCCAGUGGCUUGCAUUGACAGUUAUUUUCACCAUUCUAUUGAGUGGUUCUUUUUUUCUUAGAAACCGGCAUGAACGUACGAUAUACAAAACGAGUAUUUCACCUACUAAAUCAGCUUUAUCGUUGGCUCCUUUGAAACAUGUCACGAAGUCGAUUGCAGAAUUGGGAAAGAUGGAUGAAAUCAACAAAUAUUUUUUGUUGUUGAACAACGUACCGAAAUGUGGAUCAGAAAUUUUGGUAUUGCUGUUGCAGAAGCUGCAAGGACUCAAUAAUUAUAGGCAUGUUAGACUGAAGGAGGGCAAUAAGAGACAUUUGACGAAUUUACAACAGGAAUAUCUGGUUUAUGAUAUGUUCGAUAUGAUGAAACGCCAGGCAGUUCCCCUAAGUUUCGACAGACACGUUUAUUUCAUAAACUUCACAAAUUUUGAUAGACAAUUUCCAACCUACAUCAAUUUGUUGAGGAAUCCUGUUGAUAAAGUGAUAUCCAGAACGUCAUUCAAAGGAAAGGAUAAAAAGCAAGAUUAUUACUACAAAUGUUUGAUGCAUAAAAAAAAUAACUGUAAUUACAAGAAUGGCCAACCUUAUGAUCUAUCAAUUCCGUACUUUUGCGGCCAUGAUCCAAGAUGUCAGAUACUGAAUAAUGAUUGGGCAUUGCAAACCGCCAGGAGUAAUGUAGAGAAAUAUUAUCCAGUAGUAGGAAUUCUGGAAGAACUGAAUGCAACACUGGAAAUAUUGGAGACCAAGAUUCCUUACUUCUUCAAAGGAGCCCAGAAAACAUAUGAAAAAUAUUUUAUACACAUUCAGAAGAGUCAUGACAGACCAAAAGCACCGAGGGCUGUGAAGAGAAAGUUGGAAGAAACAUUGAUCCAUGAAAUGGAUUUUUAUGAAUGGAAUAAAGCUAGAUUAUUCAAACAGUUAAAGAUAUUGUAUGGAGAGCAUCCGUCACAUUGAAAUAACAGAAUAUUUUUAUUGAAUCAAAGACUGAAUUUUAAUAUAAAGAAUAAGUUACUUACUGUGUGUUUCUCGGGUCGAACACUUACAUGAAUUUUAUACAUGAGCUUCUUGAAAAGUAGCUAACUAAGUUGCAUGUUCUGGGUAUGUAGGUAUUUUAUGAAAAAACUGUAAUUACUGUAACCUUCAAGAUUUAAAAAACAUAUUGCCCACUUGCACAUGAUGUGCUGGAAGCUGUGUAUAAUCAUUCCAGAAAUAUUUUUUGAGAAUUUUUUAUAACUAACUUACUGUUUUGCAUAAGGAUUCCAAGAAGGAUUUUUCAUUUCAUCAAUUUUUAGAAAUUCAAAGAGAAUUCUGCAAGUGUUUUACUUAAAAUAUCGAAAUCAAUCUCACAUAGUUAUUGCUGGUUUGAGGAUUUUCAAACCCAAGUCGGCACAAUUGCUAACUUUGUUAUUAAGUUGAUCAAAACGGAACAAAUCAUUCACGAGUUAUGUCAAAAAGUUUAUAUUCACAUUAUUGAAGAAGCUCUUCAGCUACCCAUGAAGAAUUUAAUUUUCCUUUUGGAGGAUUGGGCUUUUUGCCUUCCUCUAAAAUUCCCCCAACAUCACUUCAUUUCCAUUAAAUAAAUUGAAUAAUUAAUGAUGUUAUAAUAAUAAGUUUUAUGCACUAGCGAGCCGUAAAGUGCACUUUACCGCCCGGUUUUGCGGGCGUUAAGUCACACUUUACCGCCCGC